GAGCCAUAGAAAUUAUCCCUAAAAUAACAUUCAAAAUCCAAUCCACAAACUCAUCUUCUGAGUUGGAGUGAGGGAAAGACUUAGAAACACUUCCAAAGCCAACAAAAAUGGCUGCAGAGACCCUCAGAUUAUCCGCUUCUGCUUCUUCUUCUUCCUCCUCUUCACUCUGCACUGCAAAUAAUGGGUCUGCACGAAGCAGAGCCACUUCUCUAUCCACUCCACCUCGCUUUCUCGGCCUCCCUCCCCGACCUUCUGCCUCUGUUUCUUCCAUUUCUUCUUCACUUUCUCAUUUCUUGGGCACCGUUCGUAUUGCCUCUAAAGCUUCUGUUUCACGUCAGCAACAACACAAGAGGAGAAAUUUCUCUGUUUUUGCCAUGGCUGCUGAUGAGGCGAAACGGGCUGUACCGUUAAAAGACUACCGUAACAUAGGAAUUAUGGCUCACAUUGAUGCGGGGAAGACUACUACAACUGAGCGGGUUCUGUACUACACAGGACGAAACUAUAAAAUUGGGGAAGUGCAUGAAGGAACAGCUACAAUGGACUGGAUGGAGCAAGAACAAGAAAGAGGGAUCACUAUUACUUCUGCUGCAACCACCACGUUUUGGGAUAACCACCGUAUUAACAUUAUUGAUACUCCCGGUCAUGUUGACUUCACUCUUGAGGUGGAACGAGCACUCAGGGUUUUGGAUGGUGCUAUCUGCCUGUUUGACAGUGUUGCUGGUGUGGAACCGCAAUCUGAGACUGUGUGGAGACAAGCUGAUAAAUAUGGUGUACCGAGGAUUUGCUUUGUGAAUAAGAUGGAUCGCCUUGGAGCUAAUUUUUUCCGAACAAGAGAUAUGAUAGUGACGAACUUGGGUGCUAAGCCGCUUGUUUUACAAAUUCCAGUUGGCGCUGAAGAUAAUUUUCAAGGAGUGGUUGAUCUUGUGAGGAUGAAAGCUAUAAUAUGGUCAGGAGAAGAAUUAGGAGCGCAGUUUGAAUAUGUUGAUAUUCCUGCUAAUCUCCAAGAAUCAGCCGAUGAAUAUCGGUCUCUGAUGAUCGAUAGUAUAGUUGAAUUGGACGAUGAUGCUAUGGAGAAUUACCUAGAAGGAGUUGAACCCGACGAGGAAACCAUUAAAAAACUAAUCAGGAAGGGCACAAUUGGAGGCAGUUUUGUGCCUGUCUUAUGUGGCUCUGCUUUCAAAAACAAGGGGGUUCAGCCAUUGCUCGAUGCUGUUGUUGAUUAUUUGCCUUCACCUCUUGAUGUGCCUCCAAUGAAGGGAACUGAUCCUGAGAAUCCAGAAGUAACAGUUGAAAGGUCUGCAAGUGAUGAUGAACCAUUUGCUGGAUUAGCUUUCAAGAUCAUGAGCGAUCCAUUUGUUGGAUCCCUCACAUUUGUGAGGGUUUAUGCUGGGAAGCUCUCUGCAGGAUCUUAUGUGCUGAAUUCAAACAAAGGAAAGAAAGAGAGAAUUGGAAGACUUCUAGAAAUGCAUGCUAAUAGCAGGGAGGAUGUUAAGGUAGCUUUGGCUGGUGAUAUUAUUGCUCUUGCAGGUCUAAAAGAUACCGUAACUGGUGAAACACUCUGUGAUUCUGAGAAUCCAAUUGUUCUCGAACGCAUGGACUUCCCUGAUCCUGUUAUUAAGGUUGCAAUUGAACCCAAAACUAAAGCUGAUAUUGACAAGAUGGCAAAUGGUUUGAUCAAACUUGCUCAAGAGGAUCCUUCUUUCCACUUCUCACGAGACGAAGAAAUUAAUCAAACUGUGAUCGAAGGAAUGGGCGAAUUGCAUCUUGAGAUUAUUGUAGAUCGGCUCAAGAGAGAAUUCAAGGUGGAAGCUAAUGUUGGUGCACCCCAAGUAAACUACCGUGAAAGUAUUUCUAAAGUUGCAGAGGUGAAGUAUGUGCACAAAAAGCAGUCAGGAGGACAAGGGCAGUUUGCUGAUGUCACAAUAAGAUUCGAACCAAUGGAGCCUGGCAGCGGCUAUGAGUUCAAAAGUGAGAUCAAGGGAGGUGCAGUGCCUAGAGAAUACAUUCCCGGGGUAAUGAAAGGAUUGGAGGAGUGCAUGAGUAACGGAGUGCUGGCCGGCUUUCCCGUUGUUGACGUUCGUGCUGCACUUGUAGAUGGCUCUUACCACGAUGUCGACUCAAGUGUUUUGGCAUUUCAAUUGGCAGCUAGAGGGGCUUUCAGGGAGGGCAUUAGAAGAGCUGGUCCUAAAAUGCUUGAACCUAUUAUGAAAGUCGAAGUCGUCACACCUGACGAGCAUUUGGGAGAUGUAAUUGGUGAUCUUAACUCGAGAAGAGGUCAGAUAAACAGCUUUGGUGACAAACCUGGUGGUCUCAAGGUGGUGGAUGCCCUAGUUCCAUUGGCAGAGAUGUUCCAAUAUGUUAGCACUCUUAGGGGCAUGACAAAAGGCCGUGCAUCUUACACCAUGCAAUUAGCCAAAUUUGCGGUUGUUCCUCAACAUAUUCAGAACGAGCUUGCUACGAAGGAGCAAGAAGUUGCUGCUUGAUCUCUUGAGAAAGAGCUAUUUCAUUUUCAUUUUUUGUUCGCUUGGUAGAUACUGAUGGUUCAAGCAACCAGUUUUGUUUUCAUGCGUAUUGUAUUUAUUUAUAUAAAUGUAACCAAAAUUGGGUAAUAAUUUUGUCAUUCUUUGGGUAUUCCUGCUGAAGUAUAAUGAAGUAGUUUCAAGUA